GCAACCAAUCUCAAUAACAUCAUCAACCUUUCAGUCAGUAAUCUGCCUACAGCAUCAUCCAAGAUGAAGGUCUCUGCCAUCCUCCUUGGCAUCUCUGGAGCCGCCGCUGUUGCUGCUCAGGCCCACGGUUUUCCUCAGGGCUUCCCUGACUGUGGUAUCACCUGCAUUAACAACAUGCUGGGCCAGGCUGCUCAACUUGGCUGCUCUGAUGUUGCCCCUUCGUGCCUCUGCACCAAACAAAACUUCAUAUACGGAGUUAGAGACUGCGCUACGGAGUCGUGCCCCGACCAAUCCGUUGCCCAGCAGGUCAUCCAGUAUGGUAGUCAGUACUGUGCUGGUGGCGGUGUUGACGUCUCUGGAAUUCCCUCUGCCACUGGUUCCAACCCGUCUGCCUCUACCACUGUAGUAGCAACCGCCUCUCCCACUGUCAACCCCAGUCAGUCAUCCCAGGGAUCAGCCUCGACGGCUUCUGAAGCUUCGACUUCUGGAGGAUCAGCAACUGAAGGGUCAAGCGCAAGCGAAUCGGUGUCUGGUACCGUUGUGGUGAUUCCUAUCACUACGGAGACCGUUUCAACUACUAUCACCGGUAGCAAUGGCCCUGUCACUUCUGCUGUCACUAGUACUGUCCUCUCCACCUCUGGAGCUUCGGGCUCGGACAGUGUCACCACUGGCACAGAGUCUGGAUCUGUCACUACGGGUGUGAUUGAGUCGUCUGUUACUUCCAACGGCUCGACCCUGGUGACCAGCAUCACCACUACCGGACCGGCAAGCAGCCAUACUUCUGAGGGAAACAGUGAGUCUUCCGCUGCUCCCAACGAAUCGACUUCAUCUACGUCGAACCCUGCCGCACAGCGCACUGCAGCACCGGCUGGUCUCAUCGCCGCUGCCGGUCUGGCUGCCUUGAUGCUAUAAACGACUUGGUGAGCAAGUGAUUUGGGUCAGGCUGAAUCUCAAUUCAGAAAAAAAGCAUUUAGGUUUGAGAAGGGUAUCAAAACUGGUCACAUAAUGUUAUUGGUCGGUUUGUGCGUGGAUGAUUCACGAUAGCUGGGAUUCCCCUUCACUUGAUGAUGCGAUGACUUCAAGGUUGCAGGCGGCUUUUUUACGAUGUAUAAAUGAUUCAAUGUCCUCGUUAGGACUACUAAUACCUGUUUUAGAGAUACCCACCCCCUGAGCAGAUGGCAUCAGGCAUCGGGCAGUGGAGUCGGCUUCUCGCUUUCUUCAAUGGAACUAAUGAAAUAGUGCUUCUUUCAUCAACACACAUGUCCUUGUGACACAGUUUAUGUUAUGUCUAGUUUGCAAAGUUUUUUGGACCAGGCUAUGUCUGCCUGAUAGCUAGAGUAGUCGUACCUCUAUGCAAUCACCCAUAGCCAUUAAAAUUAAAAUGCAAAAAAAGUGACCCCCUCAAUACAACCAUAAGGUUGUGUCAA